AUGAAGACUGUCUUGGGACUCUUCAUUUGCUUUGGCCUUGCUGCUCUAGGCUCUUCUUUGGAAUGCGAAGUCUGCUCUGAGUUCGGCACCAGCUGCAGUGGUGGCACCAUGCCUUGUGAAGCUGACAAAGAUACCUGCAUCAUUACUGCAUCUUACAACUCCCUAGUUGGAGUCCCUUUGCGGACAAUAGCCAAGGGCUGUGGAACCUUAGAUACCUGUAGACAUGGACUCAAGUAUAUGAAUUUGGGGCAAGGGAAAACCAUCCGAUCAAGCAGCACUUGUUGUGUGGGGGAGGACUGCCAAACGAGAACCAGUCAAGUGCCUCCAGCCAUCACUGAACCCAACGGGAAGCGGUGCCAAGCUUGCUAUGCUACGACAACUACCAGUUGCCCUGAUGAGACUGUGGACUGUCACGGCCCUGAGGACCACUGCCUUGAUAUGGCAGUGAGAGUUGUUUAUGGAAGUCUUGUGGUCAACACUGCCCAGAAGGGCUGCGUCAGCAAGUCUGUUUGUGAUGAUCUGAAAAAAGGAGUCACCGACUUUACCGGGGGUAGUGUUGAAGUCCUCAAGGCUGCAUGCAGACCUGCUGGCAUCAAGGCCUGAACCAAGGCUUCAUCUGCAAACUCUUGGGCCUUGCUGUGCUUCUAUUGGUGGCAAUGAGGGAGCCAUUCAUAUAUCCCCUUUAAUUUUGUU